GCGUCGGUAGAUUGAGAUGCGUCACGGAUGAACAGCAGCUACAGAGGAAGCGUCCACUAUGGCUGAGACCCACAGCUUACAGGACCUCCAGCAGCCAGCUGUUUUCUCCAAGGUGUUUAUCCAGAGAGACUACGGCUCAGGGACCAUCUGCAGGUUCCAGACCAAGUUCCCCUCUGAUCUUGAAUCAAGGCUUGAUAAGCAGCAGUUUGAGGAGACCAUCCAGACUCUAAACAACCUUUAUGCAGAGGCAGAGAAACUAGGGGGGAAGUCCUACUUGGAGGGCUGCCUGGCCUGUCUCACUGCUUAUACCGUAUUCCUCUGUAUGGAGACACACUAUGAAAAGGUGUUAAAGAAGAUUGCCAGAUAUAUUAAGGACCAGAAUGAGAAAGUAUACGCUCCCAGAGGCUUGCUGCUCACUGACCCCAUAGAGAGAGGUCUCAGAGUCGUUGAAAUCACCAUCUUUGAAGACAGAAAUAUUGGCUCUGGAAGAUAAAGAAUCUUGGAUGAUGACUUGGACCAGAUACUGUUCAUUUGUCUGGCAGCACAUUUAGACACCUUCUUCACCCGAAUGGAUGUAUAUAAUUUUGAUCUGAUCCCUUUCUCUGUUAUUUAUAUGUACUCUACUGACUGCCUAUCCUUAUGUUUGUGUGUUUUCAUGUCUUUUUAUACAUGAGGUGAUGUAUAAAUCAUGUCCAAGUUGAUCAAAACCAGUCCUUAUGAAUAGUGCCAUUGUAUAAAAUGCCACUUUUGAUCAUGGUACUUAUGAGUGAUUUGACUUGUGUAUUGUUUUGCAAAUAAUAUAAAGUUGAAUAAUGUGUAGUCACCAGGAAUUGUCAUAGAAAUAGGUUGGGAUGGAGUUGUUGGCAUCAUCUGUAAACAGUAAUUCUGUUAUGGGUAGCACUCCACAGUAUUAAUUGCUGGUUGUAGCCUUUGUUGAGGCAAAUGUUUUCUUAUAUGUGCAUGAAAGUGACUUUUAUGAGGGAAUCACGUCUUGUGCAACAUACACAUU